AUGCUCUGGUCCGUUUGGAAGCAGAAGCUUGUCGUGGGUGCCAUGUCCGCCAUUCUGUUGCUUGGAGGAGAAGAAGAGCGCGACAGAUUUGCUGUGACACUGGCUUACCGGGAGGCUACAGAGACCCCGCUCAUGGUGUUUGCGAGCUCGCCGGCAGCUGGGGCGGAGGAGCGUCUAGCAAAACUGCAGGAAGCUGGGCAGUUGGUGCUGUCUUAUCGUGCCGUUGACACCGUCACCAAUUUCUCAACGAUGAUACCGGAACUUCAAGCUGCUGGUGUGACGCAUGUUUUCCUGGUGACUUCGAGCUAUCACAUGCCAAGGGCCGCAGCAAUCGCAGAGAUUAUGCUGGGAUCAUCUGGGAUUACCUUUGAGACAUGGACGGUGAAUUGUGCCACGAGCAGGGCAGGGAAGCACGAGCCCCGAUGGAAAAUCUACCGUGAUGUUCUUCGAGCGAGAAUUUGGAGCAUAACUGGAUGGGACUUCCUUUGGCUUGCAAGAUCGUUUUUCGCUUUCACCCGGCGCAAUGCCAGCCAACCACAUGUAGACGCAGUACGCUGUGCUAGCUAUCGUGCCUGCGCCAUGGCAUGCAACCGUUGCCGCCAGUGCAUCGACAGCCUGAGACCAGACCUCACACCUUCGACGGAGCUCAGUGACAGAGGCUCUGGUUGUCAGGCAGAUCUCUGCCCUUUCCGGAUUCAAGUCGAUGGCUUCUCCGGAAGUGGUCCUGUCAUGUUCAACUUGACCAUUCGCAACGGUGAUGCCGUCUGGCAAGUCAGGCGAAGGUUUCGACAGGUCAGGUCACUGCACCAAUCUUUGAGUCAGACUUAUCUUGCUCGUGGGUUGCCACCGCCACCACCCCGGGCUACAGUACGGUCCGUUGUAUUCGGACAGAAUGACCGUGCUUUUCUUCAAGAGCGUUCUCGGAGGAUUCAACAGUACCUGCGCGAGCUGACGAGCGUCAUCCCAUACGUUGAGCAAUGCGAAGCCCUGUAUCAGUUUCUGUGCUACCUCUACCUUCCCAGAUGGCGCGGGGACCGGGUCCUGGUUGGGGGCGGAGCACCGCCUGUAGAUCCCAACGUGGUGACGAAGCUUCCUAGAGCACUCCCUUUGGAGCCUGGCGAGGGUCAGGAAGUCACAGAGAAGGCCGUCGUAUGCGUGGUUUGCCAGGAGGUUAUGGAUGCCAAGGAGGACAUUAGAGUGCUGCCAUGCAAGCACGAGUUCCACUACAAGUGCAUCUCAAAUUGGCUGACAAAGAAUCGGGGUCUGUCAGAUGUGCCAAGCAUAGCUGCAGAUUCUUUUGCCAGAGCUGCACCGAUCCAGCUCCAGCCAAAGGCUAUCGUCGUGUCGGUUUUUCCAGGCAUGCUGUGCGGCUCGGCUUCGUCACAUGUGCCCGUGGAGUUUGAGACGAGCCACAAUGAGCAAACAAGGACUGGACGCAUCAUUCGCAUUCGCGCCCACCUGGGUCGCUGUCAUGAAUCUCCCUGCAUUCCAUCGCGAAAGAGGCGAAACUGCCGAAGCCGGCUGAAAAUCGGUGCGCUGCUAAAGGCUAUGGAAAUGCACAGUGAAGGUGAAGGUUUCUGCUGCACAAAGCUGCUGCAGCAGCUGGUUGCCGACAUGGUGCUGAGCCGCAGUGAAGCCAGGCACAUCCACUGUUUACAGAUACGCAUGAAGCAGGUAGCACAACGUGAGUGA